CCUGCCUGGACUGCCUGGACUGCCUGCCCCCUUGGAUGAUGGAGCGGGAAAUGCCAGAGAAGAAGCGAGUCAGACUUGAGGAGAAUGACGAUGAGGUACCGCUACACGUAUUAUUGGAAUAUAUGUUUGACGGGGAAAUGUCCGUUACUAGGGAGGAGAUGGACAAAGCAGUGGAGAAGAUGAGUCACGAUGUGCCGCUUCCCCUAUACAAGAGUUGGACGAAACUGAAGAAAUUGAUCGACGCGUGGACAUUUUACCAGGAGAAAUUUUGUCCGAACCAAGAACAUUGGCAACGCGAGAAUGCGACCAUCACGAGUCCCCUCCACUAUUGCCCCGAUGGGCAGAAGAGUUACGACGCGUUCCAAAACGAAGAAGAAUUGUGCAUGAUGUCAUUACCGUUGGAUCAUAUGGAGAAGCUCAGGAGUCUUAUUUUACUUUGUCUAAGCGCCUUGAAGAACCCAGAGCAGGAUAUGCCUUUGCCGCCAUCUCCUUCCACAUCUCGGGAUGUAGACGGCCGCACUUGCACGUCGUCCACGAUUGCUCGUGGAGCAACGGAACGUGUAGAUGUGUCGCCUUUGCAGGGUUCCGCAGAAGACCAAAUCGCUCUUCGGUUUGGAACCAGUUGGCUCGAAUACAUUGGAGCUGAGGUAUUGGAACUCCCAAGACAUUGCAGAUGUGGAACCGCAGGAGCAGUGGAGGUAUUAUUUGGAGCAUUUCAAGGUCCAAGUGCAUGCGACGACUGCACCCGAAGUGUUGGAGGCCAUCCGAACACUUCGCAAGUAUACGCAACGGAAACUACUCCACGUGAAACCAGAAGAUGUGAGAAAGCACACCAUACAGAGGAGUCACUCUUUCUCAUCCUCUCCCAGAACCCGGUCUCGCCGCUGACGAACAUUACUCGAACUCCAAUGUGGUUAGAACGUGCGGACUUGCGAUUCAUACGCCUAGAUGACAAGCGCCUGCAACGUGCCAUUCAAGUUUUGAAUGAACAAUUGUGUAACUGGACCACUUUGGACUAUAUAUCUCUGUAUCAAAAGACUAACCCUCUGUUUGACGCACCACAUGGCAACAUUAGCCAAUAUUAUAUGGAUGUGCCGUCUUCGUUUGCAGCCAUUGUAGAGCUGCUGGAAUAUCAAUUGGGACCCGAAGUUCCAGACUUUGUAACCAACUUGUAUAACCUACUCGAAAGGCGCGUACCCAAGAAGAAUUGCAUGGAGAUUGUAUCCCCUCCAAGUGCUGGAAAAAACUUUUUCUUUGAUGCCGUUGUCAGUUUUUAUAUAAACAGGGGCACUAUACACAACUUUAACAAGUAUUCUAGUUUUCCAUUGCAAGAUGCCGUGGGCAAGCGCAUUUUGAUAUGGAACGAACCAAAUUGCGAAUCGAGCGCAUUUGAAACAAUAAAGAAAAUUUUUGGGGGUGAUGUAGACAGUGUAGCGGUAAAGUAUUCGAGCGACAUGACUGUAACACGCACUCCCGUGAUUGUUUUGAGUAACCACGAGACUUUUCCGCGCAUUCCAGCGUUUAACCACAGGAUGUUUAGGUACAGGUGGAAAACUUGUCCAGAAUUGCUAAAGUAUGACAAGAAGGUUAAUCCACUUGCGUUGAUUAAUUUAUUUGAUGCCUACCUCGACGAUCACGAGUAUACUGCCACGCGCCGUGUUCAAUAAAGUGCCUUUUUUUA